CCCCUGAAUUCCACAUCCAAUCGUCUCGUCUCGGCGAUGCGAUUCCCAAUUCAAAUAACCCCAAUACCGACUUCAUAUUUUGCGACAACAAACACAAUUCAUCAUAAUUACCUUUAACGACCUACGAUAAUGACUUUGGGACUCGGAAGGAUAGGCGGGCUUUUAGCUUGUGUCGGAUUGGUCGUGGCACAUGGAGGUGUAGCACAUCAGAAACCUUUGGCCGUGGAUCCAGACGCGGAUUGGGGGACUAGACAUAUGGCUGAGGAACAUCAUAUAGAAAAUUUUGAUGCGGGAGCUUUCUUCACACUGCACGAUUUCGAUGAUAACGGCGUAUGGGACCAAGCGGAAAUCCUCAAAUUCUACGGCAUGGAAGACGAAACCGCAAAGGAUGUGCCGCAGGAGAAGAAGGAUAAUAUAUUGAAAGAGAUAUUGAAGUUGAUGGAUGAUAAUAAUAAUGGACAAGUGGAAAAGGAAGAAUGGGAUAGGUAUUCGGGAACGGGAGGAUUGUUACCAGAUUUUGGAUUGGGACCUGGUCAUCAUUGGGAUAUUGAGAUGGAGUAUGAGAUUCAUCAUUGGCAGAAAUACCAUGAUGAGAAUACGAAAGAAGAGGAUCUCAUACACCCGGAGGAUAUUGAACAUUUUAAGAAACACGAUGAAUUGGAAGAUGAAGCCGAUAGAGUUGCAGCUUUGGAUAAGAUGUCCAUUGUUGAGCAGAAUAUUCCUGAUAAGUUCAGAAAGGAUAAACAAUAAUUGGUUAACUUAUGUUGAAAGUAUAGACGUAAUGUCCAGACGUUGAGAUGAUAGAUUUUAUACCUAAUAGAUAAGUAUCAAUACAUACAGAGAUACCUUUCCCAAUACCUAGCUUUUACAUACAAACACUUUUCCAAGCCAUCUAAACAAUGGGAAAUGUCAUGCGCCCGCAUUUAUCAUUUAUUUCUUCCGUCAUUUAUGUACUUAUUUGGAUUUCAAAAAAUGCUAGAGCUUUCCUCCAAGUACUCUUCUCUGAUCUUGAGCCAAAAUAAGGUUCACCAACCACUUCUUUUUCUCCCACAAAACAAAAAAAAUCCAAUCAUCCAAA